AUGCCACUCAACGUCGCGCAGAUGCGCCCUCUUGCGCGUCAAGUUCAUAAGAGAGCGCUUCUACGUCCCAGAAUCAGCCGUAGCCGCCUUCUUACGACUCUUGCUAUCGAAACAUCUUGUGACGAUACAGGCGUUGCUGUCCUCCGCCAUACACCAAAAUCCACAGAACUCCUCUUCAAUGAACGCAUAUCUUCUGAUAACCGUGCAUUCAAGGGUAUACACCCCCUUGUAGCGGCAAAGGGUCACAGUGCCGCUUUGGCGCCCCUUGUUCGUCGUGCGCUUGACGCUUUGCCAGUUGCUGAGGACGUGGAUGGCAAAAGGUCCUGCUAUGCUGGUGGAGUGAGAAAACAGAUCCCGGAUUUUGUGUCUGUGACCCGUGGUCCAGGAAUGCGUUCAAAUUUAGGGAUUGGCCUGGAUAUGGCAAAGGGACUAGCCGUUGCUUGGGGCGUGCCGUUGGUGGGAGUUCAUCAUAUGCAGGCUCAUGCUUUGACGCCACGACUGGCGAGGGCCUUGGGGAUGAGUAUGGGCGAGACAGAAGAGUGUACGCAAGGACCAGAGUUUCCCUUCAUUUCUCUUCUCGUUUCGGGCGGGCAUACACAGCUUGUCCACUCGACGGGCCUCACUGAUCACUCUAUCAUUGCUACAAGUGGUGAUAUUGCUAUAGGGAACCUUCUCGACCAGACAGCUCGUGACAUAUUACCCGCUGAGAUAUUUGAAGCGAGCGAGCAUGUCAUGUAUGGUCGACUUCUAGAGGCAUUUGCCUUCCCACCUAAUAGCGAUAUGACACCUGCCUACGAAGCUGUCUUUACACCACCAGCUUCUCGCUCCGCAGAGAUGACUCCUCCGUCCACGGGCUACGAAUGGGAUGUUCCAACACCAUUUAAACAAACUCGCAAGCUUGCAUUGUCUUUCAGCAGCAUCUACACACACGUCCACGACAUUGCAGUCUCUAAUCCAUCCAUGUCCAUCGCCGAACGUCGCGCUCUGGCACAGCACACAAUGAUGGCAGCCUUCACACACCUCGCAGGCCGACUGUGCAUCGCUCUAGACGACAAACCGGAGCUUCGCGCUGCAAAAACUCUUGUAGUAGCAGGCGGCGUGGCAAGCAAUAAGUUCCUUAUGCAUGUUCUGCGAUCCAUGUUGGCUGUCAGAGGCUAUGAGGGAAUGCAGAUUGUUGCGCCGCCUGUCGAGCUGUGCACAGAUAAUGCGGCCAUGAUCGCGUGGACAGGCAUGGAGAUGUUUCAGGCUGGAUACGAGUCUGAGUUGAAUAUCACGGGGAUUGGGAAAUGGCCUAUGGAUCCUGAGAUUGGAGAGGGGAUAUUGGGUGUUGACGGCUGGGUAAAAAGAGAGCCGAAGGGCUCGACGACAUAG